AUGAGCCAUGUACGAAGCGAUCAAGUCAGGAAGCUAUUUCAGAAGCUGGUUGACAUGAUCGGAAAUACCGCUCUAGAUGAUUCGCAAAUGGCCCAAUGUUUUCCCACAAUUGCCCACACUCCUAAAGGUAAGCUGCUGCUCCAUAAGGCUAGCAAGCAGUUAAAGGCUCACUUCCAUGAGAUCAGCAUCCAAGAGAUCGAUAUGAUUUUCGAGGAGACACAUGCCAACACUAAGUUUGACGAACUAGAUGAUGCCAUCAAUCAUGCCAAACUGAACAUUACCGACGGCACAUCUCCGUUGAAUUUAGAGAGCGUCCUUCUGCCACAGCACAGGGUUAGUAAUAUUGUGGUGGAUAAAGCUCAAGAACCAAUUCAAUAUCUUCAGUCUGUAAGAGACCUGCUUCGACUAGAAAAUGAAAAGCUAGCUACCGAACUCGUGUCAGUUCAAACCGAGAUUCAAGCCCUUGUCAAUAAUGUGGCAGAUUUUGAGAGCGAGUUGGCAGGGGAGUUGGAUUCAUUCGAAUGA